UUAAUAACUUGAUUCUGCAACGCGACUUUGGUAAUACAUUGAAGUGGUCAAAAAGCAAUAGAUAAUAACAAGUAAAAAAAUGGCUGACUUUGCCACAUUGUCGCACAAUGUUGAUGCAGACUUAGAAAAAUACAGAGCGGCUGAUAACAUAUAACAUACGACAAAUGGGCAAACGAAUAUGACAACGUUCUUUUGCCAAGUCGCGCAAUGGCGAUAAACGACUUCGCUGCGCAAUUACUGAGAAGCAAAGUAGAAGACAACGAAGUCAAAAUCCUUGAUGUUGCAUGUGGUACGGGUUUAACUGGUGUUGCGUUGCAAAAUAUGGGUUACAAGAUUAUUGAUGGCAUAGAUUUAUCGAACGAAAUGCUUCGAAAGGCAAAGGAAAGAAAUAUUUAUCGCAACCUAAAACAGUGCUGCAUAAAUGAGAAGGAUACGUUGCCGCAUAAUAAUGACUCCUAUGACAUUGUCACCUGCAUAGGAGGUAUUGCGAAAAAAACAAUUUCCAUUAAACAUGCGCUACGUGAUUUUGUUCGGGUUACGAAGCCAGGGGGUACUGUGCUUAUACAGUGAAUGAUAUUCACAACGAGAGGAGUUGUUUUGAAUCGCACGGGAGAGCUAUAACUGCACUGAAAUGCGAAUUGGUAUUAAUGGAGCAAAGGUUUUAUUACAUAAAAGAUAACAAGGAAGUCAAUUGUUAUUUCUGUAUGAUUAAAGUUUUGUAAAGAGAAGAAAUGUGUCAGUUAAUGUGUUUAUUUUUCUUUCGCAAAUAAUCCGCUAAUACCACGUCCAUUCGGGGGUACCAGCGGAUAAUUCGUUACUUAUUUCUUAUGUGGCGAAUAGAUCGCUAAUAUGUCAACUUCGAAAUAACGUGAUUUCUACUUUUUAUUUCGUAAA